UUCAUUGGCUAGCGGCGAAAUUUGAAAUGCAACGCGCUCAGUAAAGUUGUCGCUGCGCGAGGAUGUGGACAAAGUGGUUGACCGCUACAAAAAGAAAAGGAAAACAAUAAUCUACAUACCAAAUAUCUACGGAAAACUUGCGGUACAAUUUUUCUCCAGAAGGUCUAACAAUAACAAUAGCAAUAUGGAGACCGUGGUGCUGGACCUCCAGAGCUUAUAUGAUAAGCUGAGGACACAAGUUGACCUUCUUAACGAGAACAUUGAACCCAACUUUAUACAGAUGGCACAAAACUUUGAUGACUGCCGUCGCAAAUGGCAAAGGACUGAGCUGGAGCUGGGAUCUUGCAAAGACACUCUCAAAAAAGCGGAGAUGGAGAAGGGAGCCUUGGAGGUCCAGUUGAAGCAUGCCCGCAACCAAGUAGAUGUGGAGAUCCGGCGCAGACAGAAGGCUGAGACUGACUGCGAAACGCUGGACCGUCAAAUUCAGUUGAUCCGAGACCUUUUGACAAGUGAGGGAUCCACUAACAGCAUCCAGCUGAGUGCAGAACAGCGUUCUGCUCUGGCCUUCCUCAAUGCAAACAGUCAGGCAGCAUCCAAUUUGAAUGCUAGUCGAAGACUGAUGACAAUAGAUGAGUCUGCAUCCAUAUUGUCAGAUAUAAGCUAUGACAAAACAGAUGACUCUCUUGACUGGGACUCCUCUGCUGUGCGGACAGUGCGACUCAAGAAACGAGAAAAAAGGCGCUCCUCAAGAAAUCAUAUUGAUGGUCCUCCCGGUGCUUCUAAAAGGUCUCGAUCAACAGGCAGAACUGCAGACAGGGUAAAUGAAACCCUUGUGACGACAACAACAGUAACUGUCCCGCCAAAUGGAGGCCCAGUUGAAGCGGUUUCUACCAUUGAGACUGUUCCUUACUGGACUCGCAGUAGAAGAAAGACUGCUGCUAUGGAGUGGGAUUCUGAAUCUGUCAAGUCUGGGGAUGUUUUCAAGCCACCUGGCAAUCCUGAGGGACCGAUGAAGGCUGAGCCCAGCACUCCACAGAGCAACGGAGGUGUCCGUCUUCACGAGUUUGUUUCCAAAACUGUCAUUAAGCCUGAAUCCUGCGUCCCAUGUGGAAAGAGGAUCAAGUUUGGAAAGAUUUCACUGAAAUGCCGCGACUGUAGAGUAGUGUCGCACCCAGAAUGUCGUGAGAGGUGCCCCCUGCCAUGCAUCCCCAACCUGGGAAGCACACCGGUCAAAAUUGGGGAGGGUGUACUUGCAGAUUACGUCCCAGACACAUCUCCAAUGAUUCCCCCCCUUGUGGUCCACUGUGUGAGUGAGAUUGAACAACGGGGCAUGCGUGAAGCUGGGCUGUAUCGGCUGUCUGGUGCUGAUCGUACAGUGAAGGAUCUGAAAGAGAAGUUUCUCCGUAGCAAGACUGUCCCCGUGCUCAGCAAGGUGGAUGAUAUCCAUGCCAUUACUGGCCUCCUCAAGGACUUCCUGAGGAACCUGAAGGAGCCUCUGCUCACCUUCCGCCUCAACCGUCCCUUCAUGGAUGCAGCAGAGGUUUCAGAUGAUGACAACAGCAAAGCUCUGAUGUACCAAACAAUUAGCAACCUGCCACAGGCCAACAGAGACACACUGGCUUUCCUAGUCCUUCACCUUCAGAGAGUUGCAGACAGCUUGGACACUAAGAUGGACAUCAGUAACUUGGCGCGUGUUUUUGGUCCAACUAUUGUUGGCCAUGGAGUUCCCAACCCAGAGCCAAUGACAAUUCUCCAGGAUACCAAACGACAGCCUAAGGUAGUGGAGCGUCUGUUGGCUCUGCCAGCGGAUUACUGGAUCCAGUUUGUUAUGGCAGGGAAUGAGCAGCCGAACUUGGAUCAUUUGGUCAUCGAGAAUGCAAACUGCUACGCCACCCCUGAGAAAAUGAGCAUGCUUGGGCCUCUGACCACUCCAGAGUACCAGCUAAACAAAACCCCCUCCUCCAGCUCAUUAUCUCAACGCAUGAAGUCCUCUCUGACACCCAGAUUUGGGAGCAAGAGCAAAUCAGCUGUGGGAUUUUCUCACCAAGGGAAGUUCUUCUCAUCACCACUCCUCAAAUAAACAACAGUUUUCAUACUGCUAUAUCAGUAUGACUCCAUCAUACGUUCUUCACAUAGCUUUGUUCCACAUUUAUUAAAAGGUGGAUUUUGAUUGUUAUACAUGUCUAAAAGGGCUCUUUUUUCAUAGUUUUCCCUCUCUAUGCACACUUGUGUCUUUAGAGUCGUUGCUUUUAUUAAAUUAUAAACAUGCCAUUCUCAUUUCGGAUCAUAUAAGAAUGUUAUAUUUUAAAACGGUGUGCUCAUAGAUUAUAACAAGUACUGUAUGCACAGCUUUAUUGUGACCUGCUUCUACAUGUAAUCAUUUCUUUUACAAGUUCUUCAACUCAUGUUUCACUCAGAAGCUGGAGAACUGAUUGUUUGGCAUUUCAUCCUACAAUGUUAAUGAACGUGUGAGGCUUGUUGCAUGAUUUUGUUUUAGUUUUUAUAUUUGUAUUUUGUUUGUUUUGGAUCUGUAAUUGGGAAUAUCUUCAUUAGCCAGUGAUUUGUGGUAUAAAUGUUUAGAAUCAUACUUGUUUCCCAUCAUUCUUCAGCUAUGGACAGUAGUAAUGAAAUCUGAUGGAUGACCAUCAUCAUUGGCAAGAUUAAUUUGGUCAUUUUUUAUUUUUGUACAUGUCUUGAAGUCAAAGCUUCAAAGUUGCACUGCCAGUGAUUAUCACAAGCUUCAAUCUUUGCUUUGCCUGCCAGUGUUUAUUGCUCUGCAGUGUUUUUACUAACGCUGCUUAUGAGCAAUCCCAGAAAAAAGGCCAUUACUUUGAUAUUAGCCAGUUUAUUAUGCCGUGGCAUUACUGUUAUCUAUUAACACGCUUUGUGCACAACUUUUCUGUCUGAAAUUUGUGUAACUUAUAAAAUACAUUUCUAACAUUGA